AUGGCUUCCGACGACAACACCGCUUCGGGUACACCUCCUUCAAUCACCAUACCUGAGAAUGGUCCAUCAUCAUCCAUGGCGAUGACACUUGCCAAGCCAUUCCCGGAUGUCUCAAAAAUCGAGGUCUUCGCAGACGAGAAUUUCAAGAGAUGGCAAGAACGUUUGUACUCUUUGCUCGACAUACAUGGAGUGGCAUUUGCGCUCAAAGACCCAAAACCUUCAUCAAACUCUGAAGCUCACAUUCAAGAUGCUUGGGUCCAUGCCAAAAAGGUUUGUCGAUACACCAUCUUACAAACUUUGUCUAAUGAACUAUUUGAUGUAUAUUGUAGCUAUAAGGAAGCUAAAACCAUCUGGGAGGCAUUAGUCAAGAAGUUCAAUGUACAGGAUACAACAAAACAAAAGUUUGUUGUACUCAAAUUCUACCGAUGGGAGAUGAUAGACAAUAAGGAUAUCAAGGAUCAAAUCACUGAAUACCAGAAGUUACUAGAAGAGUUGAAAGCCGAGGAGAUUGAGCUACCAAAAAAGUUUGUAGCUGGGAUUUUGAUUGAAAAGCUGCCAAAGUUGUGGAAUGACUAUAAAAACAAUUUGAAACACAAGCAUAAGCUUCUUUCGAUGGAUGAGCUAAUCACACACAUCCUUAUUGAGGACACCAAUUGA